GGGCUUGCUGUACGCAGGCAGCGUUAUAUAUAGUUGUAAGCCAUCAGAAUCAGCUGAGGAACGCAUAUACUAGUAGUCGCCAUGGAUCGCGCGAAAUUCAUGCCCAGCGAUACGAAUGACGAUGAAACGACGGCGCAUGCCCAUGAUGUACUGUCUGCAUUCCAAAAGGAGAAGCUUGGAUUCUACUUUAGUCUAUUAGAUGUCGACAAGGAUGGAAAGCUGUCCAAGCAAGACGUGGAAAAGUUUAGCGAGACGUGAGCCUGGAGUCGUGGCUGGACGCGUGGGUAGCGAUGUUGAAGCGUACGAUGGCACUCACUGACCUGCCCUACUCCGUGCAGCUUCACUGCAAAACCCUGUUCAAGACCAUCGACAGAGAUGAUGAUGGAGUCAUAUCGCUGCAAGAGUUGCAGGAAUAUUACCGGGAUUUCAUAUGCAUGCAGAAGGAGUGCGUCGAGGCCCAGGCCUGCGCGGGUUACAAGGCCAUGACAGCGAAUGGAUCAUACAAGUUGGACAUGACGGUGUGGGGUGAGAUGUACGCGAACAUGCUGCUAGGCAAGCAGGUGUACGGCCCGGGAGAAUACAUCUUCGGUGUCUUCGCAAUAGGCCGCGAGACAGAGCAUUUUAAGCUGACGAUGCCGUCAAUGGAGGACGGAGAUGAGGCAAGGUCAAGCAAGGUCAACCAUGUGCCGCACGUGCCCCGAAAAAAACUAGUCAUUCGCAGUUAACAGGAAACCACGCCGUGGCCGCAAACAUUUGCUGUGGUGAUGCGGGAUCGAUGUUUUGGCAACGGAGGGAUGCUGGUUUAUUAUUCCGUACGAUGGCGCCACCGUUCAUAUACAGGGUUUUUUGGGUCCUAGAAAACCUAGUCAGUCGUGGUAUUUUAAUUUGCCGUUUCCAAGUCCUUUCCCGUUAAAAGCCCUGAAAAAUAGGCUAUAGUCCUAGAAAGUGGUAGAAAAUUGGUUCAUGUCGUCCUUGUCUGAGAAGCAAUUAAACCUGAUGCAUGCAAAAGUUUGUUCACUCAUAUGAUUGGAAUUAGAUACGAGGCGAAAAUGCAAUCGGCAAAAUCCUUUUCGCCAUUUUAACGCUCCUGGAAAACUUGGAAAACGUUCUGCCUUGAUUGUACGAUCCCUGAAUGAGUAUUUCGUGCCCGAACAUUGAAGUCUCCUUAGAUGUAGGUAUAGCUAUAGGGUUAAAAACUUAAACACCGCGCAACUAUUGCGAGGUAGAACUAUAUGCGUGCAUGCAGCAAUGAAUACACGAGCGUAGUAUACGUUGUUCUCAUACAUACUGCACGGGUGCAGAUAUAGACAUAUUGGAGUCCGCUCUGAGUAGUCGUUGUAGGUGGUUAUGUUUGAGAUUGUUCACUUCAUGUGUUGGUUACUGCGAGGCGUUACAUUUGGUUUGCUGCUAUCGCCGAUGCAAAACGUUCGAUCGCAGCAAAAGAGCUGAUUACGAACGCAGUUAUAUUUUGAAACAUUUCGAAUAUUUGCGACAUAUUGAAUAUUAUCAAUCUAGAGAAGUAAAGGUGCCAGUUACCGCGCCGCAUUUAUCGCUCCAACAUCUAAACGUCUCGCAAUCGCCUCGCUCGUGUAAUAUUGUCAUAGCAAUUUUCGCCACCAUGUGGCUCCAGUGUGUUGGUGCUUGCUGCGCACUCUGCAAAUUGACAGUUGACUACGAACUCACUGAUCGGUGUAAUCGAUUCCAUUCCCCAGAAUUAAUCAUAAAAGUUUCGCGUUCUUUUUUAUGCGUGAUAAUCGGUGUAGCAAAUUCGCAUCGCGGAUUGUUGUGCCGUAAUGCAGUACGUUUGCAAUUACUUACCUCGCAACACAGGCGUUCUAAAUUAUUUCGGUAUCAUGGAGUGCAAGCACGAAUCAAUUUCUGACAUUCUAAGCGAGCCAGACUCAUGAUGGAACGGCUCAGGCAGCGAAUUAGAAUGUUACAUUAUAACCGGUGGUUUUAUUCGUAGGGUUUCUACUCGUUUCAACAAGUAAUUAAAUAUGACAAGAAACAAAACAGGUGAUAUGUUUGGUAGCGAGCUGGCAAAUGGAAUUUCGCAAACACGAUACUCACGCAUAAUGUUUCAACACAUUUCAAAGAAAAAGGCCUACUUAAAAAUUCUAGUAUGCUAUGUCUCAUUUACAGCUGCUAUUAUAACACCCAGAUAGAAUAUAACUGGCAGUUAUACGCCCCGUGUUAUCAUGCAGGUCAGCGAAAAAUCUGUCAACGUUGGUGAGACCGAAUAAACAAACGGCGAAGAAAUGUUAGAAUCGACUGUUUAUUCUUAAAAAGAAAAUGUUUUUAAUAUUUCUAUAAUUGUUUUGUGUUCACUUUAUUUGUCUUUCUUCGCUAUCCACCGCACGUGCUUGCGAGUGCACAUAUAAUAUUACAAUCCGCCUACAGCGUA